AUGGCUUUCUCCACAAGCCUUAACUGCAUGAAGCUGGAAUUCCAUGCAUAUUGCAGGAUGUCCUCCUCUUCUUCGUACUCGGGUAGCAGCGCAGUGUACAGCGAUUCAUCUCGUGCCAGCACACCAGAACAAGCAGCCGUCCCACCUCCAGCAAACGUGGCGGCCCCAGCACCAGCCGAAGAAGCUCCUGCUGCUGCAGAAGCAGCUCCCGAUCCUGUCGCACACGUUGAAGAAGAGCACAAUUCAGAUGGGGACGAUGAUCCAUUCGCGUAUUCCUCACAUAAUGAAGACAUGGCGACCGACAGCACACAAGAUUCUUCGGAUGAUGACGUCACAGACUCGACGAGCGCUAGCGAGGAUGCGGACGAGAAAAACAGACCAAAUCCCGCUCCAAUUCCUUCAUCACAAGAAAUGGGAAAACUUAUAGUGGAUUAUUUGAUAUCAGAAGGAUAUAGAGAGGCGGCAGAAUUGUUGUGUCAGGAGUCUGGCCUGGAAUUGCCGAAGGACGAUAUUAAAAAUUUGGAUGCGCGCAUGAACAUUAGGUGUGCAAUUAUUGAGGGGAGAUUGGAAGAUGCACUGCGACUGGUAAAAGAGCUAUGUCCAAAUCUUCUGGAUGAGAACCGAGAGGUCCGUUUUCACCUUAUGCAGCAAAAUAUUAUAGAAAUGAUUAGGAGAGGAGAAAUGGAGAAAUCUCUGGAUUAUGCCCAGGAAAAUCUGUCGAAUGACCCAACCCUAACGGAUUCUCAGCUGGAUAGGCUGGAGAAGACUUUUGCGCUUUUGGCAUUUGAGAAACCUGCAGAGAGUCCAUUUGGAAAGCUACUGGAUCAAUCUCAAAGACAGAUGGUAUCAACUGAAGUUAAUGGAGCCGUUCUUCGAGCACUGAAUCGUCCGGCUGCUCCUCGUCUCGAGGCGCUGCUGCGAAUGAUCGUAUGGGCUCAGAAACAGCUGGUAACAGACCGUGAAGAGGAUAGAUCGACCGCGCCACCAUAUCCUGGAGCUGGCCGAUUUAGUGGAGCGAGCACUAGUGCAAGUACCGAUACUAAUGCAAUCGCUCGAGCACUCUUUGGAGGAACAUCUUGCUGA